CUCGGUGGCCUUGGCUUACUUGCUCUUGGUAUAAUCCUAUACUUCGGAAUUGAAAAAUGGGUUCCUAUUGAAGAUUUAGCGAUGAUACUGGACAACGACCUCUUACGGAGCAGCGCCUUCAUUCUCAUUGGAGCAGGUGCUCUCGUCUUUCUCCUCGCUUUCUGCGGAUGUUGCGGCGCCAUCAUGGAAAGCAAGUGCCUCUUAGUCCUUUACUUUUUGGUAUUGCUCGUCGUAUUCUGUGCGCAACUUGGAGCUGGGAUCCUGGCGUCAAUCUACUCAAACGAAAUAGAAAAAGCAGUUGACGAUGAACUAAAGAAGAGCUUUGCAAAGACUUACGGGAAUAAUACAGGUGACAAUGAAAUUACUGAUGCCUGGCGGAUAACUGAAUCAGUU